CACACGACAUUACUUUCUCGUUUUCGUUUUGGCCGAGUUCUUGUGUUGUAGGAGAUUUCCUACUUCAGUCGGAACAUCUGCGUGGCGUAUGCUCUAUUUAACCGAGAUGUGUAACUUUAGCUGUGACCUAGUAGGUAACACUAUGACCCGUGAAGUGUGACCUCCCUCGCAUUGCCUUAAAGCGCGCGUGCACAUGCAGGUAGCAGUGUUUUACAUGUGGCACGAGAUUACUGCGGCGAUAUAUGCGUUACUGCGAGCAAGCGACUGAGUUAGUCGAAAGUAAUCUAACCCGUUGUAGCUAAAAACAACAUUAACUAAUAGACAGCCUAUACCAGCUCCGUGCAUUUACGGGCACAUAUACGUGGAACGGAGAGUACGUGCAUUAGCGUGUUAUCCAUCAUCACAGUUUUCAUAUGUAUUAAAUGCCAAUAAUGCGCGGAGAACGUCUAUGAGCCUGCGAUAUUCAAGAGGAUAUAUACAACAAUACAAUCAGCGAGAAAAAACACAAUGAGGGUGGUCAUAGCAUAUGCAUUGUUACUGGUUGGCUGCUGUUGCUCGAGCGUGCAUGCACUGCUACCAUGGGAAGUAACGGGAAGAAUUAUGUACCAACCGAAAGCGGGUUCCUUUGCGCAAGAGUGCAUCGAGAGGUAUCACACAGCGAUGACAGCACAGAACAACACACUCUCCAGAAUCCUGGGGCAGGGGUGCGCUCAGGUAUCUUCAGACAUGAGAGUCACGUGGGCGGCACUCGAUGUAAAGAAAAUAUCGGCCAACCAGCUACUCUUCAAAUACAUUAUCUAUCUGAAUGAUGAGAGCGGCCCGGCGCCAGGUCCACUUGACCUGUUAGAGUCUUGUGCGAACAGCAUCGCCAACAUUCUUCCCGCCAUCACCAGUAACGGUAUCCCAGACCUUGGCAGGGGCUGUCCUAGUGUUGUGCCGACGGACAACCACUUUAGCUGGGGUACGGAUACAGGCCCGGACAGUGAACAAGCACAAAGUGACAUCUUGAUCAUUCAAGAUGCUCCACAUCCAGACCUGAAGCUGAGUGCUCCUCCCCCAAUCCCCGACAAACCGGCAUUGAAAGCUUUUGCCGUGACCAGCGAAGGUCCCUCAUUCAAAAUGAUUGGUACCGUGACGUACCGGUCGGAGAAAGACGUGCCCCACGCUUGCCUGGAUGUGUACAGGAACGUCAUUGGAUCGAACAACAGGACCAUUACCACGCAGCUUACGCAGGCUUGUCAUACCCAUUUGGAUACCGUUAUCUUCGCUGACCUGGAAGCAGAAAAGCGCUCAUCGAAGCAGGUGGAGCUUAUCUACACGAUUGUGCUCGACCACGAGUCCGUGGACGAAUCUCAGUCCAUCCAGGAUUGCGCCGACGUCUUGUUAAAGGAACUACCGUCGAUCACGAACAUCGUCAUUCCAACGAUCGCAGGGCGGUGCCCACCACUCCUACCUACACGCAAUUCCUUCCACACGGAGUUUACAGAUGUGGAUAGCUGUCAGUCAAAUCCAUGUGAACAUGGAAAAUGUAUUGACCGUAUAAACUCUUACGAGUGCAUCUGCGACCCUGGAUGGGAGGGCCAUAGCUGUAAUACUAAUAUUGACGACUGCACUCCUAACCCAUGCGGGCACGGAACAUGCCGGGAUGCUGUCGGUGGCUUCAUCUGCUCCUGUCAGGCUGGCUGGUCUGGACCUACAUGCAAUGUUCAUGAUGCCAUCCCGCACAGUGACAACGAGAUUAAGGGCACCCUUAGAUACACCUCUGGGUCUAGGAUCAGGCAGCGGUGUGCGAACAUAUACAACCGGUACAUGGUGGCGCUCAACGGCACAGUAACCUCAGAACUGAACGGCUUAUGCGGUUCUGGCAUCGGUGUGACAUGGCGCGCACUCGACGUGAAAAAGAUAUCGAGUACAGAGGUGUUGUUUUACUACACGUUUGACCUACGGUCGAGACUCACGCAGCUCGACGACUGCUUUGACACGCUUAUUGACGCGCUGCCGAGGACGACACGUGUAACCAUCCCCGAACUCAACACUCGCUGCCCGGCCAUCUUUCCCGGAGAGGCCUACUUUGCCAGGAAGGAUCUACAGCUGAGGAGUGGAGACGUCGUGCCUGUGGGAACCUGCACUGACUGUAACUGUAAGACGGGUACAUUCAUGAGCUCUACUGCGUGUGUCAAAUGCCCUCGUGGAACAUACCAAGAUGAGGCAAAGCAGACCACGUGCAAGAAAUGCAGCGGUGGCACCUACACGUUCACAGAGGGCAGCACUAACGUGAAUGACUGCAUACAGCUCUGCGAACCUGGUACAUAUUCGGAUAACGGCAUGCCAAUCUGCCUACCAUGCCCGAUUCACAAUUACGCUCCGUUGCACGGAUCAACUGAAUGUUUGAAAUGCCCUACCCGUACCUACACAGCUACAACGGGAUCAUCUAAGUGCGCGUUGCCGUGCAAUUCUGGAUAUUACUCCGAGUCCGGGCUGGAGCCCUGUAAGCCAUGCCCACCUAACUUCUACCAGAACAUUGCUGGUAGCGGUGUGUGCAAGGAAUGCCCCCAUCUAACAACGACAUCGGGCAGGACUGCCUCGUUUAGCAUCGCACAGUGUUUCAUGGAUGGCAAUUUCAACGACUUGUGGGCCAACCCGGAUCCAACAAGCGAGGUGCCACCUCUUAAAGGAGACAACGGGUUCGGCGUGGUGAUGCAGCACUACACCACUAGCUCACUCGAUUUCUGCCGCCUGCGAUGCCAAGAGAGGGAUUUCCCGAUAUGCGUCGGUGUUGACUUCAAGCCCGGAUAUGGAUGCGAUCUCCUAAGCAUGCGUCUGCUAUAUACAGAUGAUCACUUGUACAAAUCGAACGAGCCUGUACUCCGUAACUUUGAUGGAGGCUACUUCUGCUCCAAGGGUGAGGUAAAUCUGCAGUGCAGUAACUCCAAUGAGGUCUUGUCGCUACAUCAAGUGAGAUUCGUCAACAUAAGCGAGUACUCGUGGGCGAAUGUUUGCGAAGCGAAGAGGUACAGAGGCGAUGCAUGUCAUGUCGGAGAAAUCGUCGAUGCUAUACGAGCUAACUGCGUAGGCGAGCGAAGCUGUACUUUCGAGAACCCUUGCCAGGACACGACGAUGUACGCGGAAAUUGCCAUGGAUUGUGUUGCUGAUCCAUGCCAUGAUCACGUCUGUCAGAAUGGAGGGUCCUGCUACCCAGGCAACCACGAAGGUUAUUGCGAAUGUACUGAAGGUUUUGGUGGAAACGAAUGUCAAUACGAAACAGACAUUUGUAUCAGAAAUCCUUGUGGCGACAGUGGAUUCUGCAUUAUUCUUAACGAAGACGAGUACGUCUGCGAAUGCAAGCCCGGACAUGAUGGCGAACAUUGCGAGAACCACGUCGACUAUUGUGCCGAACAUGAUUGUGCGUUCGGCAGCUGCAUCAGCAAAGACGAUGGCUACAUCUGCGAAUGUCAGGACGGCUUCAUCGGAGAAUUUUGCGACCAAAACGUUGACAUGUGCGCCAAUAAUCCCUGCAAACAUGGGGGAAGUUGCGAGGGACGCCCUCUAGCACGAUAUGUGUGUUAUUGCACGAAGGGCUGGGAAGGCGACACAUGCGAGACAGCGGCUAGAGGAAACGCAGCAGGAAAAACACGCGAUCGAUUGCAAGACGCCGGUCGUUCUCUCAGCCCUAAAAAUGUCAUUUUUACGGAAGAAAAGGGAACCCGUGACGCUGAGCAAAACUCUGGUCGUAAUAGCAAUCGUAAUGCUGACCGGGACAAUAAGAAUGAAGAGGAAGAAGAAGAAGAAGAAGAAGAAGAAGAGGAAGAAGAGGAAAGAGAACCAGAAGACAGAAGAUGUCCUCCAGGACAUUUCUCGCAUACGGGUCAGAAGCCAUGUAGGAGAUGCCCCUUAGAAACAUUCCUGCCUGUACCUGGAGGAAUCCAGUGCCUAGCAUGUCCACGUGGAAUGUUUGCCGAUAGGCCUGGGUCAGCUAAGUGCUAUCCUCCUUGCAGUGUUGGCUUCUUUUCUGACAACGGGCUUGCUCCUUGCCAGCCUUGUCCGCAGCACUACUUCCAGAAUCGCCCUGGUCAGACUUUCUGUCGCGAAUGUCCACCAUUGACGACUGCCGCCUUGGAGGGAGCGUUCAGUGUUGCUCAGUGCUACGUCAACCGCAGAUUUAGCCCGGUGUGGGUUAAUACGGAGCAGCCAAUUCCGGUGCCUCCCGCCGAAUUCGAUCAAGGUUUCGGCGUCGUCAUUGCGCACUAUAACACAACCUCGCGCGACUUCUGCGUGCUCAAGUGCCAGGAGCGCAACUUCCCCGUCUGCAUCGGCGUAGACUUUCGCGAGGGUUACGGCUGCGACCUACUCAGCAUGCGUUUACGCUACACGACCAAUUAUCCAUUCGUCAGCAUUGCGCAGCCCAUGUUCAGAAGCUUCGUGGGCGGAUACUACUGCAGCGACAAAGAGAUAAAUCUAAAGUGUGACAAACCUAACGAAAUCAUGGCUCUCAACUCUCUCCGGUUGAUAGACGCAUAUAAGUACUCUUGGGUGAAUAUAUCCUGCUCCGACAGUUUAUACAACGGGCCUGUGUGUAAUGUGCAAGAAAUGGCGUCACAGGUGAUGGGCGAGUGUAACGGAAAGCAUGAAUGCACGCUCGUGAAUCCGUGCGUCGACACGUCCAAGUUCACCGAACUCGGCAUGGACUGCUUGGCGAACCCCUGCUUCCAGUCGCCGUGCCAGAAGGGCGGCAUAUGUCACAUCGGUCGGCACGGCGCCGAGUGUGAGUGUCCGCCGGGCACGCAGGGCGAGUUCUGCGAGUUCCGACGACAGUCGCGACAACAGUUCGCUCCGAUCAAUCCGUGUGUGCAGAACCCCUGCUUCAACGGCGGCCAGUGUGUCUACCUCGCCGGCAGCGACUACGUUUGCCAGUGCCCUGAUAACUGGUUCGGUAGCCGAUGUGAGUCGGAUGGAUGUGACAACCGAUGCGAGCAUGGACACUGCAGAGUUGAGACGCUGCGCGGCCUCGUGGGAUACACAUGCGAGUGCGAAUCCGGCUGGAACGGAGAGUACUGCCACCUGAGGGCCUCCGAUGAUCCUUGUCUGAACCAACCCUGUCAGCAUAGCGGUUUGUGCAACGCCGCGCCGCGUGGAGAAUACAACUGUAGUUGUCUGUUCCCUUGGACUGGCAAAAGCUGCGAAAUACAUCGUUAUGCGGCAAGAGCACCAGUGUCACCAUACCUACAUAGUCGAUAUAAUCUUCCGCUGGGAUUCUUCUUCGGCCAGCCAACACCGGCGCAGUCCACCGAUGCACAGCAGCCAAUAGAUUUGCGUAGUCAGGCAAUAAAUCUACAGCCAGAUCGAUUAGCUCAAGGACUGCUGAGACAAGGCAGUAAGCAUCAAGCGUCAGCUUCGCGACGAGGACCUCAACAGGCAGCUUUUAUUAACCAGCAAAAUCAGCCACCAAUAAGACAGAUCCUAUCGCAAGGACCACAGCAACAAGGGCUUCCUAGCCAACCACAAGAUGCCAGACAAGAACUUUUAGUAUCACAACAGGGGCCUCUUCAACAACGGCCACUGCAACAAGGACCACUGCAACAAGGCCCACUACAACAAGGGUCACUGCAACAAGGACCACUACAACAAGGGCCACUGCAACAAGGACCACUGCAACAAGGGCCACUGCAACAAGGGCCACUGCAACAAGGGCCACUGCAACAAGGGCCACUACAACGAGGACCUCCACAGCAAGUACCUCUGCAGCAAGGACGGCAACUGCAACAGGAAUUAUUUUAUCAACAACAGGGAGAAGGGCGAUCAAGGCAAGUCUCACAGCAAGGACCACAGCAGCAAAGCUUCCCCAGCCAACCACCAUCGACUGUAGUAUCACAACAGGGACGUCCGCAGCAAAGACCCGUGCAGCAGGGACAGCAACCGCAGCGGGAAUUGUUUUACCAACAGCAAGCAGAAGGACAAUCAGGACAGGUCACCCAGCAAGAAUCACAGCAGCAAACCUUUCCCAGUCAACCACUAGAGGGUCGGGUAUCACUACAAGGACCUCCGCAACAGGUACUUCAGCAGCAAGGACGGCAGUCGCAAGGUAUCUCUAACCAACCACAGAGAGCUGAACAGAAUGGUCGAGUAUCACCACAAGAACGUCAACAGCAAGGUCGCCAGCUGUCGCGAGAACUAUUUUAUCAGCUGCAGGGUGAAGACCAAUCAAGACAGGUCUCCCAACGUGGACCGCAGCAGCAAGGCCUCACCAGCAAACAACAGAUUGUGGGGCAAGCGAGAGAAAUUCCUUUCCCGGGAAUACCAGCACAAAGCCAGACAUCCGGAUUUCCUACUUCGCUCCAGAAUCCUCCUCGCCUAGCUAACCAGCCACAAGGUCUACCACAGCUUGGGGCGCAGCAACGUUUUGCUCAAAGACUCAGAGAAUUGCAACAACAGUCGCCUUACCCGCAACCUGUAUUUGUUCAGAAAGGAAGAAACGGCCGCCAAGACGCAGUUCGAGGACCUAGCCUCAGCUUGGCGCAGCUACCUGACGACGAUUUACCUCACACGGACAUAGCGCGAGUUCCGACAGUCAUUCUGCAAACAGACAGCCAACAGCAAACGAAAGCUGCCGCGGGACGAACCGACGUACACGAACUACGCAGUAAUGUAUCACAGAUAGUCAGCUAUCCGUCGCCAAUCCCUGCAUUUGUAUUUGACAAUCACCCGAACAAUUACGACGAGAAGGAUGAGGAAUAUGAUGAGAGCCGUGUAGAGUACAAUGGGCCGCUUGGCAUGUGGAGCACCUGGAGUGAGUGGUCGGACUGCUCGCCAUGCGGAGGUUGUGGCAAAAAGACCCGCGCGCGGGUGUGCUCAACCAAUAACUGCCUAGGUGAGGCCAUGGAGGAGACUAUCUGUCAGAGUGCGCCGUGCUAUCAGAGUAUUUAUGGCGAUUGUGAUCUCUAUAAGGGAGCUUGGCGAUCGAGAUUCUGCCGACCAAGCUGCUGCAAGAAUUACUUCUAUCACCCGACACUGAGGCAGUGUAUGCGCAGAAUGGUGUAGAUGUGUCACCUUCUCAUUCACACACGAUGAUACUGAAUGACAGUCUGCAGUUAUUCGGUCUACAAUAGUUGUUAAAACGAUGCUCGCAAAUCAUGUUUGCCUAGGAACCGGUGUGAAGGUAUUAUCUAGGCACAGAUCAUCGUAUCUUCAGCGACUUCUGAAGCGAUAAUUCUGUAUUACAUCGCCCAUGAACGUAAUUAGCUAAUCCAUAAAUUGCUUCUGCGUAGAGCAUUUCGUAAGCAAUGUCGUGUAUAUAUAUAACUGAUCGCCAUGAUUGUGAACAUAUUGAAGCAUUAUUGACAUUUGCGUGCCUAGUUGUUCAUCGGUUUACUAGAUGUAGUUACGCUAUGAGCUGAUUUUGUGACAACGGAUUUUCUUGCCUAGUACUUGUAUGUGUAUAUAUCUCUGGAAUUUGUCCUUAUUGACAGAUGGAUUGUGAGGAUAAAUUAAUUAUUGGUUCAGCGUAUUUAACAAAAAACUGAAACUUGGAACUAGCUGAGUAUACAAAAUAAUGACUAGAAAACAAAUGUCCUACGAUUGUGAAAGGCGUAUUUUAAUAUAACCAAUCUGUUUCUUCGUUGUAUUAAGUGUGUUACAGUUGUACAGUUAGCUGCGCUUGCGCUGGUAACGCAAGUUUUGAUGUUAUUUUACUGAGCCCGAACUAUGAAUUUUUUUUUUAAACAGUGUACAUUCAAUUAUAUAUUUACGUCACCCCAACUAUUUGAAUGCAUGCAUAUAUUUCAUAGAUCACCAUGUUUUAUCCAUAUUAGAUUAAGUUGAAUUUUUAUAUUCACGCCAUUAAACACGUUUUAAUGGUUUGAUGAAUAAAUUUAAGUUGUAAUAUUUUCGUUUUAUGCUCGAUGUAUUAAUAAAACCAGAAAUUAUGAAGCAAUA